AUGUACGGCAACAGUCGAGCUCCUCCGCCGGUCUCGCCAAUGUACCAACAGCGGCCCGGGGUUCCUCAACAGCAAAUGUACCAGCAACAACAACAGCAGAUGUAUCGUCCAGCCCCGAUGAACUAUGCUCAACAGCCUCGGAUGCCUGGUGCUCGUCCAAUGCCACCAAACAUCCCUCAAAACUACAGACCGCCACCCGUUGCUCGUCAACACGCUCAACCGCCGCCUUAUAUGAUCCCUCCUCCGAAUCAGUACGGGAUGCCCGCUAAUCCAUACGGAAUGCCUCCUCGUCCUCAGCAGAUGCAACGCGGAGGUUAUCCACCAAUGCCAGUCCCACGUCCUCCACCAAUGCAACCCUUCUACGAUGAUGUAGUUUACGCUUACAAGAACCGAAGAGAUACGAGCUAUACAUCUAGUUACUCUGACUCUGGUUCCGAAUCAUCGGCCACUCUCGCCGAAGACACUCCCGAAGCUCGUGCUGGUCCAGCUUAUCGUGGUGGAAUGGGUGUCCCAAGACGGGGUUACUAUCGCGACUCGAUGACUUCAGCUUCGGACGAUAGUGAAUACGACAAUCGAAAAGAACAAAAGCGAUCAAACGUACCCUUAAAGUCGUUUGCUCUACUAGAUGAUCCAGCUGACAAGACUCACGGCCCUGGAAAAGAAUGGCAUGGAAACACCAAAGUAGUCAUGGCUCUCCUCGCUGAAAUGUGGCUCAUAAAUAUGCUUGUUAUUUUGGGUGGUACAUAUGGUAUGACCUUCUGGUUGCCUCAAUACUAUCUUGAUGAUGUACUCUGGAAUACUGGUUGUUACUGGAAACUCGCUUGGCUCUUGCCUAUGCCAUAUACAUUAAUUUGUUUCUUUGGGUUGACAAUGCCCUUCCGAACACCCAAAUUCCUCUACACCCGUGACAACCUCAAAAAGAGACGUCUUGAUAACUUAUAUAUAUUAACCGUUACCAAAGGUGACAAUCGAGAAGCUGUGUAUCGGUCUUGGAAUUCACACAAACACUUGGAACGUCUACAUCCUUGUAUUCGUGUGCACGUAUUGACUGAUGAACCAUACUUCUUCGACAACAUUAAUUGUUAUACUUGCCCUAAGUCCUUUACCACCGCAAACUCGAAAUAUAAGGCUCGUGCAUUAGAAUGGUACAGAGUAACCAUGCGAUACACCGAAUAUGACUGGAUAUUGCAUCUCGAUGAAGAAUCUGUCACUGAUGACGAGACUGUACGUCGUAUUUUGGACUUCAUCUGGUACGAAACAGACUAUCACUGGGGUCAAGGUGUCAUUCUCUACAACCAAUACAAGUACUGGACCAACUGGAUCUUCACUGUCGCUGAUGCCAUUCGAGUCGGUGAUGACUUGUCUCGUUUCCAACUUCAGUACACAUACUUCCAUCGUCCCAUUUUUGGAUGUCACGGAUCAUUCUUGCUCACCAAUGGUCUUGUUGAAAACGCUGUGACCUGGGAUUUGGGUAGUUUGACGGAGGACUACCAAUUCUCAACACAUGCUUGGGAAAAGGGCUUCAUGUGUGGAAAGAUUCCUGGAUUGGUUCGUGAACAAUCACCUCUGGACUUGAUUGGUUUCUUGAAGCAGAGAAGGAGGUGGUAUGUUGGUAUUCGUCGAUUGCCAUUGGUCUUGCCAAAGAUUUGGGCCUUCUUCUGGACAUUGGGUAUCUUAUGUUUGUACGGUACUCUUGCCUCAAUUCCUCUUGGUAUUAUCUACAAUUUUGGAACUCCCCGUUGGUUUGGUUUCUUGAAGGACUUUACAUUUGUGACCUUUGUAUACUUGUACUUGCUGGGUAUCUUCAUACAGGAUCUGGAUCGCAAAGUCAACCCAGUCCUACUCAUACUUCGGUUGCCAAUUACUUUCCUGAUUCAAUUUAUUGCUUCAGUGAUGGAAUGUGCAGCCGUCUGUUAUGCUAUUUUGUUCCCACCUGCCGAUUUUGACGUCAUCAAGAAAUAA